UUGGCAGACCUCGGGGAUGCGGGGUAAAAGGCAGCGUCCGCGCUUCCUGUCGGUUUCUUGCUCGGGGCCAGUUUGCAGCGGUGAGCAGGAAGUGGUGAUGCGCCGCUUGUCUCCACGGCAGCCAUACACAGAGAGAGAGGGAGAGAGAGCAAGUGUAAGUGUAAGUGUGUGCCGCGAUUGUCUUAGCGUUGCCGGGAGCGGGGAGGUGGAACGCGAGCCCGGGAGCAAGCGACGCAUUGCAAGCGGAGCCGCCGAACCGACCAGUCGCUUCGCCGACAACCCUGACACGCAAACAGGAAAUCUUACAGAGAUCACCAUGAACUCCUACUCUGCGAUUUCCUGACUGCUGAUCUCCAAGCUAUUGUAAUAAAUCUGACACUCACCCUUGGCACCGCUCUGCUUGCUGUAGAAUAUGUUUCAGAGGCAAGAUCUGAAUGACUAGCCAUUGAUGAAGGAUGGAUUGAGUACUAACUUCCAAGUGAAUAAGAUGAGGUAUGAGUUCUCCCUCAGCAGACUCUGGUGAGGGUUUGGAUGGAACAGCCCAAAAAUGGAAGAGUAAUGGACAUUUACAAUGAGGUGCUUGGAGUGCUGCUAGAUGUCUGUGGUUUGACCUUUCUGCAAUGAAUGAGCAGGAGCGAGGUGUAGCACAUGUGAAAUUCCAACCGACAACCAACCAGAUGACGUUUUUGUGAUGGGUCUUCGAUUUCAUUUUGUCUAUGAUCCUCAAGGCUGGUCCUGCGUUGGAAUAAUCACCUUCAUUUGGCUGUACAAUACAUACUGCAUCCCCAAACUUAUACUCUACCCUCACUAUGAAGAAGAACAUGUCUCAGCUGCUGUAAUAGUCACCUACUACUUGGUGUCAUUUUUCUGUGUUGCAUCUCUGGUGAGAGCCUCCACCGCCGAUCCAGGGAGACUGCCACAAGACCCAGAAAUUCCAUGUUCAGAAAGCCAAAACUGGGAAACCUGUAACAAAUGUAACAAGAUGAGACCAAAGCGAUCACAUCACUGCAGUCGGUGUGGACACUGCAUUCGGAAAAUGGAUCAUCAUUGCCCCUGGAUAAAUAAUUGUGUUGGAGAAGACAAUCACUGGCUCUUCCUACUGCUGUGUUUCUACACACAGUUUUUGAGUCUCUUCACAUUGAUUCUCAAUUUCUGCCAAUAUUACUACCUCCAGCCUCUGACAAAAGUAAAAGAGGAGCUCUUUAUAUUUAGGCAUGAACUAGCCUUGCUCCGAAUAUCUACCUUAAUGGCCUUAGUGAUGAUUGGAGGGAUGUCUGGCCUCUUUUUCAGUCAGCUGACAAAUGUUCUGGCAGAUGUGACAACGAUAGAAAGAAUGUCAAGUUGCCCAGAUGAGAUAUUGAAGCCCAGAAAGCCUUGGCAGCAAAUGUUCUCAGAAGUGUUUGGCACGCGCUGGAAGAUCGUGUGGUUCAUCCCAUUCAGGCAGAGGCAACCGCUGCGAGCCUCCUACCAUCACGCCAAUCACGUUUAAUAGAUGGAAGCUGCAAAGAGGAGUCCUCCUGUGUCGAAGUACUUAGCAACCUAUCAGCAGUACUCCCAUCCUCUCAUUCGGUUUUGAAACCUGACACUUAUUUUCCUAGCAACAGUAAUGCCUUCUAAGUAACAUUCCUGACAGCAUUCUUUCUCUGUUAAUGGCCACUGUAGGUUAUAUUUCAAGGUCGUCAAGAAAUACUGGACACAACCCUUUGAAAGUACCACUAUUGUCUUGGAAAUAUUUAUAGUUAAAGUGGGGAUUAUGUUUAUUAAAUAGGACUUCUCCCACCAAUUUUG